CUUGCAUCCCGAGCAGGACUCUCUCUGCCCAUAUCCCCAGCUUCCCCACGCUCUCUACCACCACUACUCAUCGCAGGUGCAGGUCCGUCAACUCGGCUGGUCACCUCCUAUAAUCUCACCCAACAUGGCAUCCCAAACGCUCCGCCCCCACCGCUCUCCCUCUCCCUCCCCCUCCCCCGAACCCCCCGUCAACCUCCACAACCCCGCCAAACUCACCCGCCAAUCCCUCGGCCCCCCCACUUCGGGCACCCAGAAGGGUUUCGGCGGCCUCGGAGUGGGCUCUGGACAAGGCUCGGCAGCGGGCGGUUUGGCGAGUCCUUCCGGAGCGAGCCACCCGCGACAUGUCAGUUCCAGCGUCGCGAUGGGCAUGGGUCACAGGGAGAGCUUGAGCCCCAGGCCAAGUAUUGGUGCUGGACGCGCGGUCAGUGCUGCUACCGGCCCGAGGCCGAGUAGCGAAUACCUUCCUCCUAGGGAGAUGAACAGGACGCCCGAGGCGGAGCAAAUCGACCAGUGGUUCAAGCAUCUUGCCAGCUGGGAAAAUACUCUCGAAGAGAUGGCUGCUGCCAGCACUGAUCAAAACUUUACCGAAGAGCUUGGUGCCAUCGAGCAAUGGUUCCGAGUCUUGUCCGAAGCCGAGCGAACUGCCGCUCUCUACUCUCUUCUCCAGCAAGCCACCCCAGUGCAAAUCCGAUUCUUCAUCUCCGUCCUCCACCACAUGUCCCAGUCUGACCCAAUGACUGCCCUUCUCUCCCCAGCUCCCCCAGCGACAGCCGGUAUCGCCUCUCAGAUGGAGUCCAAGCUUUCUUCUCUGAACCUCAAGUCGCCUUCUGCCGGUGGAGGCAGCGGUUUCCCCGGGUCGCCUGGUGCUGGCCAGUACCUCGCACCCGAAGACGCCAAGGCCAAGGCGAGGCAGAACAGGAUCUCUGCGCCCGGCACGUUGCAGCCCCACGACAGGUGGCAGGCCGGCCAGCUCGACCAAGUCAUGGAACGCGGCUCGUCCCCCGGCUUGGAGAGCGACGUGUCCGGUCGAAGCCGAAGCAAAUCGCCCACCCCUGAGCCUCGACCAAAGUCUACCGACUUUUCCGGCAAGCCGCGUGAAUCUCUCGAGUCGCUUGCGUCCAAUCGAGACCGUACCUCGUACCCGCGUUCUCCGCGUGCUUCUGGCGCUGGGGCUGGUGUGGGAUUGGGUAUUGGGGAACAGUCGCCCAUGUCGAGCCCGUUCCACAACCCCAGCUGGGCCAGUAUGGUCAACACCCCCAUGGCCGGUGCUUUCGGCGAAGGCAACAAACUCGGUACACCUUCUUCCGUCGCCGACUUGUCCCAGGCGCUCAACAUGGCUACCCUCCAACUCCAGAACCCUGGCUACCUCCCUCUCGAAGACCCCCGCAAAUACCGCCGUCCCUCCGGUCUUUCCUCCGGCCAGACCAGCCGACAAGUCUCGAGCCAGUACAACGACGACGGCGAGGUCGUCCACCCCCGCGCCCCCCAGCCCGGCCAGCCCCAAGGUCUACUCCCCAACCAGUUUGGCGCCCGAUCGCCGCUCAUCGACCAAUUCGGCCUCAACUCGGCAGGCUUGGGGAUGGGCGCAGACCAUAUUGGGUUGGGCGGGUAUGGCGGACUGGGGAUGGGUGGGAUUGGAGGACUGAAUGCGGCGCAAGCGGCACAGAUGUUGGCUAUGCAACAACAGCUCGCUGCCGCGCAGGCCCAAGCGCAAGGCGGGCCUUACUCGCCAUUCUCAGCCUCUUCCCCCGCCCUAUCCAACAACCUCAAUCCCGGCAGACACGGCCUCGCCGCGCAAAGACCCCAAGGCGGUCAAGGAAGGCGCUCGCCCAACCCGAUGAAGGCCAACUCGCCUGCUCCGGGGCAGCAGGGUGGUGGAGGUGGGGCCGGAGGGGGUGCGGGGGUGGCGGGCCCGGAGGAUGUGGAUGAGAGGGUUUUGGAGGAUGUGGCUGGGUGGUUGAGAGUCUUGAGGCUGCACAAAUACACGACAACAUUCGAAAAGUCCAACUGGCGUGAUAUGGUACAGCUGACAGACCAAGAUCUGCAAGACAAGGGUGUUAGCGCGCAAGGCGCCAGGACCAAGUUCUUGAAGGUCUUUCACAAUGUGCGAAGUAAACUUGACAUACCUCAUCCUCCUGGUCAGGAAGAGUAUGCGCCUGGAGCCAAGUAAACCCGGCAAGGCCGUAACGAUGCUCGACGCACGCCACCUGUUUUGUGUUUAAGAAUCUCCCCCAUCUUUGCUUUGAAAUAUCUCAGUUAUACCCCCAAAUGUUCAUCUCUCUCUUCUUUCUUUCGUAUGUCGUGGUCCAAAUCAACUCAAACUCAUUCUGAAGUCUUUUCGCUCUCUUCAUCUAUGAUAUCUUUUCGUGAAUCAUCACUCUUUCCGUCUCACCAACGUCUGUCUCUUCUCUCCAGCCAUCUGGAAAUCUGAAUAGAUCACAAAAUCUUAUUUGUGAUUUGUUCUAAUCAAUUAUCUUGCAUACUCUUUCAUGGAUUGUUUACGCAACUUGGGGGACAAUCUCAUAUGCGAAUUGUGUCUCUCGUCGUACUCAUAGUCGCUUGGAGGAAUUGGAGAGGUCAAGGGAGGACCGGCCCGGUGCUUUCGCUGGCCUGUCACGCCGAAGCUGAUUCUUCGGGAUGGGGCAAUGAGGGUAAUACAAAGCUAGGGGUGGAUUGAUGUGCUCCGUUGAUGGCCAGCCAUCCGAUCAACUUUGGUCAUGCAUAUACACUGUAGACGG